UACAGCUGCAGUGAACUGCAUGGCUUUGUGAGAAGCAUAUUUCUGACGUGAUCCAGCCAACAAGUUUCAACUUUUACCCUGUUACUUCUGUCUACACUGAGGACAUCCGUCUGUUUGACUGUUACCAGAGCGGUAGCAGUUUGAGGAGGAUUCUUUUAGUCAGGAAAAGGUAGAUCUCUCAAGUCACAACCCCAGCAAUCAGAAUGGAGCUUCAGAAAAUAAAUGGACACAGCAGGGAAGAUGGGUUUGAUGGGCUGGAUGUGUUGGCUGAACAUGAAGAGUUUCUCCCACAUAAAAUUGGCGUCAAGAAAGAAAACCGCUUUACAGAUUUCGAGGGAAAGACUUCUUUUGGCAUGUCCAUCUUCAAUCUCAGUAACGCCAUUAUGGGCAGUGGAAUUCUGGGAUUGGCUUUUGCAAUGUCCAACACUGGAAUCAUUCUCUUUCUAAUCCUGUUGGUAUGCAUUGCCAUUCUGUCUGCGUAUUCAAUUCAUCUCCUGUUGAAAAGUGCUGGGGUUGUUGGCAUUCGGGCAUAUGAGCAGCUUGGGAAUCGCGCAUUUGGUGCCCCGGGAAAAAUCGUGGCCGCAUGCAUCAUUACAGUACACAACAUUGGAGCGAUGUCCAGCUACCUCUUCAUCGUCAAGUCUGAGCUGCCGCUGGUUAUUCUUGCUUUCCUCGGUAGACAACAUAACACAGGAGAGUGGUUCUUGAAUGGAAACUACUUGAUCAUGAUUGUUAGCGCUCUCAUCAUCCUUCCUCUAGCGCUCAUGAAACACCUUGGUUACUUGGGCUAUACAAGUGGGUUCUCCCUCUCCUGCAUGGUGUUUUUCGUAAUCUCGGUUAUCUACAAGAAAUUCAUCAUCCCCUGUCCACUGGAAUAUCUUAACAUAACUGCCAUUAACGAGACAGACUGUGAACCCCAACUAUUCACCACCAACUCACAGACAGCGUACACCAUCCCAAUCCUGGCCUUCGCUUUUGUCUGCCACCCUGAGGUGCUACCAAUCUACACCGAGCUACGAGAUGCCACCAAGAAACGCAUGCAGACGGUUGCCAACAUCUCAAUCAUGGCCAUGUUCGUCAUGUACCUGAUAACAGCUCUUUUUGGGUACUUGACCUUUUACGGUAAUGUGGAGUCCGAGCUGCUACACACCUACAGUAAGGUAGACAACCUGGAUGUCCUGGUUCUCUGUGUGCGCGUGGCCGUGCUGGUGGCCGUCACUCUGACUGUCCCCGUGGUUCUCUUUCCGAUCCGCAGGGCCUUGCUCCAGAUCCUGUUCCCUGAAAAGCCUUUCAACUGGUUCGUUCACAUCGCCAUUGCAUUUUGUCUCAUCUUCGUGGUCAACCUGCUGGUUAUCUUCGUGCCCUCCAUCCGCGACAUCUUUGGCAUCAUCGGAGCCACAUCUGCCCCCUGCCUCAUCUUCAUCCUACCUGGAAUCUUCUACGUCCGUAUCAUUCCUGAAGACCAGGAGGCAUUUCGGUCCAGACCCAAGAUUCAGGCCGCCUGCUUUGCUGCCCUUGGAUUCAUCUUCAUGAUCAUGAGUACGUCGUUUAUCAUGAUUGACUGGGUGACUGGGGAGUCGAGAAGUGGAGGCGGGCACUAGCAGUUGUGACUGAAUAGAAAUACAACAAACAAACAAACAGAAUGCCAACCAAAGCUCUCCCUGUCAUUAAAUUAACCCUCAUCUGCUCAUCCAAAGCCAAACAUGAAAGUUUUGCUGCACAAGACGAAGGAUAUGUGAAGAAGCUUCGCCUACAACAACAACAAACUAAAAAAAAGCAUUUCGACAUGAUAUGGGGAGGACAAAGCAAAGCAAUGUGCUCUGACUGAAUGAAACCUAUGCCACGCCUAUUAGUGAGCAUGUUGUUUGGAGGCACGUGUAGAAAUGCAAAAUACAGCAAAAGGAUGAAUGGGAACACCGUGACUCAAAUGGAAAUCCCAUUUUAGCAUAUGGAUGUGUACAGUUCCGUGGAAUAGCUCAGUCACUGCCAAAAUCCCUCCAACCUACUUCCCCACCAUCUCAGAUUUUACAGGAAAGAAAUUUGUUAAUGUCGAAGGGCAUCAUUUCUGUUUUUUGCAUAAGAAAAAAGUUUUUUCAUCCAUCAGUUGUGGUUUUGUUAUUUAUUCAGGACUGUAAAAUCUGCUGAUGUGGUGUUGUCUGAAUUUCCAGGAACUAUACAGAUUCAGCUAAAUUGAAUCAAGGAGGUUUCGUCUGCAGUGCCACACUACCCAUUACAAUCUACCAAAAUACAACUUUUGAAGACUUUUACAUGGAGUUUAAUUAAUGUUCCCAAUGUGAUAUUUGUGUUAAUAUAUUCAGACAAUAACAUGACUGUUAUAGAGGAGGUUGUCUUCAAAGCUGAGCCUGAGGGGAUUUUUAAGAAAUAGAUAUGGUGCAAUUUGUGUUUGGCUGCUAUCAAUGAAGUUGAAACAGACAGUUACUGACAAUCACAUGUGCAUCAACAGACAUAGAGGAGGUUUGUACGAUAUUUAAGUUUUUAUGUAUUCCUGAAAAAAAAAAACUUUGUUGCAAACCAAAGAAUAUAAUAUUGUGUCACAUUGAAAUAGGGUGUAACACCCUAUUUUUAUUUUUUAUUUUUACUAUGUUCAGCAAAGGCCAACAAAAAAUUGUACCUGGGAAAAUUUCAGUGUUAAAAAUGCUGCGUCUGUUUUAGCAGUCUCAGAAACUGUUCAGUAUGGGCAAUAAUGACCUAUGUUUAAAUUAAAAUGGCGUCUGUUUUUCUUUUUUCUUUUCUUUUUAUGUCUUUAAAAUUUGACCAAAACAUAUUUUGACUUUGUUAUUCAAACUGUACAUUUUUAAAUUAAUAUGAAUGUUGUUCUAUGUCAAUAA